CCCUUUUCAUGGAAAUUUGUUUGGAGUAAUUGAAUCAUGUUAUUCCCCCCUUAUAUGGUCUAAAAAAUAUGUUUAAAAUUUUAAUUACUUUGUUUACUUAAAAAAAAAGGGACAAAAUGGCAUAAAUGUUAACCUAGGAGAAAAGUCCAGGUUGACAGGGCUGGGCUGGCUUGGAAUUGUAGUUGUUUGAAGUUGAAAACUUGAAACCCAAAAACAAAGAAAGGUUAAAAGCAACAAAGCGAAUGCCUGAAACAGACUUCCCCGGAAAAAUGGGUUUGUCCUGCAAAGAGAAAUUCGAUGAAAAGAAAUUUCUUUCUUUAGUUUCAUUAUUAAACGGGAAAAAUAAAGUGCUGUAAUUAAAUAUUAGAUCAGAGGUUUUGUAUUAUCAGGAGGAUGAUGAUAAAUGCAUCUGAAUAUUCAUCUCUUUUUGUUUGAAUUUUAUUUCUUCAUCCAGAAUCCCUGUUCAUUCUGUUGUAAAAGAAAAUGUUGAGGUUGUGGAAAUGUUACCAGAAGUGCUUGGCUAUCCACCCAUUGAAGACACAAGUUUUAAGCUCAGGCUUGAUUUGGGGUUUUGGAGAUAUAGCUGCUCAAACCAUCACUCACUCAACUGCCAAGAAACACCAUCAUUUUCAGGAAAAGGAUAAAGAAGUAGAGAUUAAUUGGAAACGAGUGGCUACAACAAGCUUGUUUGGGUUUGGAUUUGUUGGACCAGUUGGUCAUUACUGGUAUGAAGGUCUGGACCGAUAUAUAAGGUUGCAGCUUCGUCUACAACCAAAUUCUUUUCGUUUUGUGUUUACUAAAGUUGCAAUUGAUGGGUUCAUCUUUGGUCCAUUGGAUUUACUUCUGUUUUUUACAUACAUGGGAUUUUCUGCUGGAAAGAGCGUUCCCCAAAUCAAGGAAGAUGUAAAGAGGGAUUUUGUCCCAGCCUUAAUUCUUGAAGGAGGUCCAUGGCCAAUUGUUCAAGUUGCAAAUUUUCGGUAUAUACCAGUGAGGUACCAACUUCUAUACGAUAACUUCUUCUGCUUGUUGGAUAGCUGUUUCUUGUCAUGGAUUGAGCAACAAGAGGAUGCUCCUUGGAAGCAAUGGCUGAAUUCUUUGAUACCUUCAAAGGAGAAAAGGGAUCAGGGUGGAUGAAUUAUUGAAUAUGAAUGUUCGUGCAUUGAAAGACUCGGCAUCAUUGUGCAAAUAGAUGGUGAAAGAUAAUACUUAUCGCAGAGAAUGCAAAAGUUUAUGGUUUUGAUAGCUGGACCUUAGCUUAGCUUUCAGGGUUUUUUUUAACCUCUCUGGAUAUGAUGAAGUCAGUGAUCAUUGCUAUUCUCAAUCCACUUGAUAAAAGAUUUUGAUAAUUCUCUUUGCUAGUGAGAUAUUAGUUGGCUUUUGUUUCUCUUACCUGGUUUUCAGCACGAUUACUUUCUAGUCUUGAAUUAUCAGCAAGACGUUCUCAGACCAUGUCAACCUACAUCUCAUUCUCAUACAAUCAUGAAUUCUUUUCCCCUGUUUAUAAUCAUACAACACAACUAAAUUUUAGCCUACAAUGCAUGUGACAGAACUAUUUAGCAUUUUAUCUUUCUAUUUUUCCCUUGCUGCAUGAUGGAGGACUACAAUUCCAUGGCGAAAAAUGCAGUAGAAAUUUGGUAGGCAGGCUGAACAUAAUGCACAACUUCUUGAUAUCAACUUUCCUGGAUGAACAAAUAUCAUAUUUAAGGAAGAAAAUUGCCAAAAAGGGCAAAUGGAAAGGGAU